AUGUCGGAGUUGCAAAGGAAAGCACCCAAGAACAUCACCCGGCCCACCCCUAUCCAGGGCAUAUGCUCGGAUAAUAAAGAACACACUCCUACCAGCCAACACGAGUCCUACCAGUCAACAGAAGGAUCAGGGUGUGAUAAAGAGCGGAGUAUGCAGACGCUGGCCGACAACUCGUCUCCACAGGAUGACUUCGAAGAAAUAACAACAAGAAUACCAACAAAUCCUGUGAAUAUAGAAGUUGAAAGUGAUCACACAUAUGCCAAAUUAACUACUACAUUAGAUCACAAUUAUUUUGAUCCAAUUGAAGCCCUCAACAUCGAUGGAAAAUAUUACAACAAGAGGUCAUCAUGCAGAUGGAAGCCUGGUUAG